GCACAUGAGACAUGAUAAUAAUAAGGAUAUUGGUUGAAGCUAUUUGAAGAUCUAUUUCUUUGUGGAAGAUAGUUCUCCCUUGCGUAUCAUAAGUUUUCCUCGGGGAGAUCACUACUCUGCUGUAGAACGAUGUUCAUGAGCUCAAUGAUCCGUUUCAUCACGAGGAAGGAGUUGAGGCUUCGCGGCUUUGUGCGACACGUCGGACGAACCCGACUGGUCUCGGGAGGAGACUUUGGCUUGAAGUUAGAACAAAAAGGAAUGCAGUACCGAUCAGAACUCCGUGAUAUCACCCGGGCUUUGGGACCGACGAGGUUUUGUGGCUACGUCUCGGCUCCGCAACCUGAAGAGGGACGCGAACGCUGGAACGAUUCGGAGAGUCACACGAAGUCGAAGGCUCCUCCAAUGUCUCUACCCAAUCAAUUCUACCCGAAGGACACUCCCUUCGGGAAACUCAGCUGUGAAGAGGCUUUCAAAGGUCUCGAGCCGCAAGAAAAGCGCUAUGCUCAUUUCAUGUCGAGAGCCUGUUGGUAUGGACACUUCAUCGCGUUCCACCGAACCUCCCCGGAAGCGCCCCUGAUCUUCAUAUUCUUGGACAAAGUUCUACGGUCGAAACCAACUCUAGACGGCGUGACAACGAACCUCAAAGAACAGUUCAGCUUCACGGACGAUGACGUAAAAGCGUUCCUCGUCUACUGCGGCGCUUUCUUCUCCGCAGCCGGCAACUAUCGGGACUUCGGUGACACGAAGUUUCUGCCCGAGGUGCCGAUGAACAAGAUGCAGACGGUGCUGCGAAGUUUAUUCCCGGAAGACCAAGAUUUCUGGGCUGAACACUGUCUGGAACCGAUGUACGAUUAUAAGGAAUCGGUUCGCAAUCUGGGCUUCCCUCCACAUGGCAUAAACUCAUACUGGUCGUCGAACUGCAAUGAGACAGAUGCGGCGAUCGUCACUCAAUAUCUCACCGAGAAGAGGCUCGACGCGUACAAUCAACGAACUUUCAAGGAGGUCGUUGACGGAAAAACCUCCUACGAGAUCAGAGUUGCCUCACGUCAACUCUCCAAUGAAACUGAUACAACCGCGGAAAAACUUCUGAGCCUCGAUGAGGAUCGGAAUGGUAUUCAGUUCCGUGUCAGGAGAGGCGACUAUUCGAGCCUCUUAGGGGAUGUGAUAGAGAGCUUGGAAUCAGCCUCGAACGAAGCCGCCAACGAGAACCAACGGAACAUGUUGAGGGAAUACGUCAAAUCCUUCGAAACGGGCUCAAUCCAGGCCCAUAAAGAUGGGUCCCGUUCAUGGGUGAUGGACAAGGGCCCGGCUGUCGAGACAUACAUCGGUUUCAUCGAAAACUAUCGUGAUCCCGCUGGAGCUCGUGCGGACUUCGAAGGCUUCGUAGCUGUUGUGAAUCGGGAAGGCUCAAAAAGACUUGGCGUUCUCGUCGAAGAAGCAGAAGCUGUUAUCAAGGAGUCGAUGCCGUGGCCUCGCGCUUUCGAGAAGGAUUCCUAUUUGAAGCCGGAUUUCACAGCUUUGGACGUUAUAUCCUUUGCUGGCUGCGGAGUCCCGAUUGGGAUCAUUAUUCCGAAUUAUAAUGAAGUUCGACAGAAUGAAGGAUUCAAGAAUGUGCACCUCGAAAACGCGAUCAAAGCUCAGAUGUCCGCUGCAGAGAUCGACUUCGUCACCAAGACCGACGCCGAGUUGCUGAAGAAAUAUCGAGAUGCUGCUCUUGGAGUACAGGUCGGACUACAUGAGCUCCUCGGCCAUGGAACCGGCAAGCUCUUCGAGAAAGAUCCUGUCAAGGGCGCGAAUUUCGACGUGUCGACCGUGAAUCCUCUGACAGGCAAACCGGUCGAGACAUGGUACACUGCGGGUCAAAGGUACGAUUCACAGUUCGGAAACAUGAGUUCAACUUACGAAGAGUGCAGAGCCGAAGCCAUCGGCAUAUACCUCUGCCUUGAGCGUCAC